GCUGUAUCAUGCAUUGUAUAGCGUGACGGCCUUUCCUCAUAGUGGACGAUAGGGCGGUGCACGAUUUUACUAGGUCUCUGCGCCAACUGUGGCUCACUCGGCACACACCAAAUACUAUUCAACAUGCCCUUCUCAUUAUACGGGGAUCUCCCGCAGCCUGCGUCAAAAAAGGAAUCGGACAAACCAAAUGCUUCGGCGGGAAAUGGUGGCUCCUUUUCGGGACUAUAUUCCUCAUUACCUGCACCAGGAUCUUUGUCAACCGCAGCAGCAGCAACGGCAAGCGUGGAAAGCUCUACUAUAACAACACCAGCGCCAACAGUACCUGCAUCUCCUGCACCCGCUACCAGCACAUCGUCACCAGCAACGAAAUCAGCAGGAUGGUCUGCGUAUAGUCAAUUUCGACCAGUUAUGCGCAAGCCAACAAUUCAAGCCAAACCAAAACUUAACAGAGUGAUACCCGCUGGGGCCACAGUCGUGUCAACAACAACUGUCAGCAAGGAGGCUGUUAUCGAACCACCAGCAUCAGCAACAGCACCUAAAGUAUCUCCUGCAUCGUCUCUUGCAAAAGAUAAGACAACACUGACGUCCUUACCACGGCAACUCAACAAUAUCCCUUACUUUUCAACCAAUGACGAUAUCAAUGGAUUCAAAGCUUCACAACAAAAUAAGAAAAAAGGAAAAAAUAAGGGGAAGCAGCAGCAGCAGCAACAGGCACAACCGAUUGUUUUUGAUAUGACAGAAGAUUAUGAUCCACAACGACCGAAUGAUUACGAAGAAUACAAAGAAGAACGGAGGCAAUUGCGCGAGGAGUUGAAAAAGCAAAAGCGACACCAGCGGCAACAACAGCGUCAGCGAUCACGAUCGGUAUCCCCAUAUUCGUCUGAGGACGACUACCAUUCUCGAUCUCAAAGCCCCAAAAAACGUGGCUGCGCGUUUGCUCCCCCAGCUAACUUGUACGAAACAUCACUACCUGAAAUCAAACGAUCUUCUUCCCCUUCUUCACCUCCACGCCAUCGAGAACCAUCUCCACCAUCGACACAUGCCUCCAAUUCCAAAGCUGAUCUCGAUCUUAAUGAAAGCGCAGAUGAUGCUUACAUGCGCCGUGUCCGCAUGAGCAACCAGCGAGCGACUACUUCUAUGCAACCACGUGCCUCUCCAAUGGAAGAAGAUCAUCAAGAUGAUCGGCCUAUGCUUGGACUAGGUGCAGCACCAGAUAAGGGACGAGACAAAGACGUUGAGACUGGACGGAAAAGUGGUGCUUUUGUCGCUUUUGCAUCUGCCAGUCAGCCAUUCGUUGCUGCUACUCAAUCUGGAUCACCGGUACCGCGCGCUGUAGAAUCACCAGUCGUCUUAUUGACCAACAUGGUUGGACCGGGUGAAGUGGAUGAUAUGCUUCAAGAGGAAACAGCAGAUGAAUGUUCGAAAUACGGACAAGUGGAAAGAUGCCUGAUUUUUGAGGUUCCACAUGGUCAAGUUCCUGAUGAUCAGGCUGUGCGUAUCUUUGUAAAGUUCACAUCAAUUGAUGCCGCAAGGUCUGCACUCAAUGAUUUGAAUGGUCGAUAUUUUGGAGGUCGCAUUGUUACGGCGAAAUUUUUUAACCGCGCUAGAUUCGAUAAAUUGGAUUUGGCACCUGGUCCUAAUGAACAUUUGUGAACGAUUAUCAAUAAAAUGAUAGGAUCGCUUUUUCUUUUAUGGAAUGCGAUAAAUGCAUCAUAUAAGACUG